AUGUUUGUUAUUGGUGGUGGUGUGUGGUCGAUAAUUAUGGAAGCCGCCUCCAACAAAAUAGCCAUGACGAAACGGGACCGCAAUAAGGACCGAGAUUCUGGAAACACGUCGUUCAAUAUUCAGAGGGAUGGGUUCAGUACGACUGUAAAUGUGACAGUCAACGUUCAAAGCAUCCCAAACCAGACCAACCAUCAGACCGAACCAACAUCCGGAAACAAGGCGAACCGGAAAAGGAAACCUCAUCGGCUAAACAAGAAGGCCAGGAAAGCCCUCAAGCUGGAGAAAGAGAGACAAGAUGCAGCUCUCCAGUCUGAUGCCGCCCAGGUUGCUGGGGGUUGGGACUCUGAUAAUGCGUUUCUGGCUGAUGGCCAGACGCACGAUCCCGAGUCCUCCGCUACAAGACCGUUCCCAGAUGACAGAGUGGAUCAGGGUACAACACCUUCCUUAGGAGCUCAAAUCAGCUACGACACAACACCGCUCCCAGAUGACAAAGUGGACCAGGGUGCAACACCACCUUCAAGUGUGCCGUGCCCUAAUAACAAGGUUAUGUUAGGAGAACAAGCAAACGAAGGAUGUGUCAAACCAUGCAAAGGUCCAGGAGAUGUUGCCAUUGCUACAAUAUCAGGUCAUCACAACAGCAACAUUGAUCUUGAUAACAUCAACCCACUACUCAAAUACUAUACGUCACCUUGCAAAGGUCUAGGAGAUGUUGCCAUCACUGCAGAUAACAACAAUCCCGGUAACAACAAUCCCGGUAACUACGACCCCAGUAACGAUAUUCCAUCACCAGACGAUUAUGGUACAGGAACCACCAGCAACCCUAUCAAGGUCAAGGACACACCAAUUCAACGGCUAGAAGUGCACAUGCUCACGACGUAUCGUCUAGAAGUGCAAGAUCUCCUCCAUGUGAGACUCACUUCAGGACCUACUGGUGACAUCUACCGCAGCAUACCAAGGAUCCUUUUCAAUUGUGACCAAAUUGAUCCUAAUUGGGAUGCUUUUCGGGUACCUAUUGGAGAUUCCGGAAGAACAACAAUACUCACUAUUCCUGAUAUCCUGUCUCUACAACCUCAAGGUUUGCUUACCAUUGGAAUCUUAGAUUUUGCGAUUGAGUUUGAGUGCGCCAGCGACGCAGAUAAAGGAGCUGUGGCAAUAAUUAUGAACUCAAGUUAA